AUGCCGACCAUCGCGCCUCCCUGCUCCGCCGUGGCCGUCCCAUCCCGCGUGGCCUGCCGCCCGCAGUCACCGGCCGGCCUCCCUGUUCUCCGCGCACUGCUGCUACCCCGCCCGCUGUCGCGCGCACCCGCGCUCACCUGCGCAGCCCACGGCUCACGCGCGCCCUCCACCGCGGCCUUCCGCUCCCGCGCUGAGCUCCCGUCGCCCCGAGCCCCCUGUAGCCGCCGUGCUCCACACCCCUCCCCGCCCAGCGUCGCGCACCGCAGCGCUGCUGCCGCUGCUCAUGACAGCCUUGCCCCGCGCUGCCCCUGCUUCCGCUCUGCUGCUGCGACACCGCAGGUUUCACUCCGCCCCACUGCCGCUGCUCGCCGGCCAAUACCGUCGACCACGGCCCCCGCAUCAUCCUGCUCGUCGGCGCCGCCCGGUCCGGUCCCCGCCACCGGCCGUCUCCCGCGCCCCUGCCUCCGCCCUCCCGCUCGCGCUCGUGGACUCCUCCCCCUGCUCGCUGCUACUCCGGCCGACUCUGCCCGUGCCACCGCGCAGCCACCCGGUCCGGCCUCGACCGCGCGCCCGCCCUGA